AUUUUAGAAAAUGGGAGUUAUAGACGAUUGUUGGUCAGCAUAUCGUGAGACAUGCCCGUGUCUUCAUCAAAGUAUGUCUUUUAGAAGAUUUACCCGGAUUGGACUUGGAAUUCUUCUGCUUCUCGCAGUACCUUUGCAGAGUGCCGGGAUGUUUACAUCGCACUGGGUAUACAACGAAACAUGUUCAAACAUUGGUUUGGUUUAUACCGAAUGUGGCAAUUCAACUUCCGGAAGCGAAGCGCUGAACACUACUGCCUUUGGACUGCAAGUUGUGUCUUACAUAACGCUUCUUGCGACUGUGCUAUUUUUCAUCAGUAUGUGUUGCUGCUUCCAUAGACAGUGCCAAAAGUAUGGAGAUGAUAAAAGUGCUAUCGCCAAAUUUUGUUUCCCGUGCUUUUUGCCGACUGCUUCCUUUUUCGCAGGAUUUUUUAACUUCGUCAGCUGCAUGGUUGUUAGCAGGUUAUCGCUCGGUGAGUCUUAUGAAUUUGGAUACUCGUAUUACCUCUGUCUGACAACCGGUGCGGUAACGGCUUCAGUUUCAUUAUUGUUCGUCAUAGGAUAUUGUGUUCACACCAACGCAAAAUCUUGUGUGUGCCGAUGUCAUAUGCAUAUGGAAGAACCAAAGUGCUUGUUCAUUGACAAUUUCUUUAAGGAGGUACUCAUGGGCGCAGUAUACAUCAUCUAUAUCAUCAAAGAUGUGUGCAGCAUGGAAGGGAACUUUAGACACAUCUUCAUUGAAAUUCUGUUCAUCGAAAGUUUUAUAGCUGCAGAAAUUUACCUUCUUCUUAACAUUGGGUUCACACUGUUCUCUAAGGGUUGUUGCAAUAAGGUUGUGGCAGUCGCUCAGACCUCCCUCUCACUCAGGUGUUUGGAGUGUAUAGAUGUUGGAAAAACAGACAUUGGUUUAAACAUUUCUUCGUUUAUCUAUAUGGUAUUUGACAUAAAUGUCGUAACUGACAUUGUUAUUUCUGUUGACAAGGGAAGGUGGCAGAAUGUACGAGAUGAGAAAGGAGCCAACGACCAUUCCAGUUCUUCCAAUAACAGGUUGGAUGAAAUUUCCAAGUCAUGA